CUUCGUAAGAAAAAAAAACUUCACAUCCUGCAUUGUGGCUUUAAGACCCGGGCUUCCUUGAAACCGUCGAGUCCCAUUCAGCAAAGCCAAAUUGAUGAACUUCUCCAGCAUUUACAUGUUUUACAACUUUUUUAGACGCUUUUAACUUUUUGCUUUAACGCUUAUUUCUGUCCGACGUGAUCAGCGGUUCCGUCUUUCCGGCUGUUUAGAGCGUUUCUUUUAGUUUUAAGCUUCAGUAUGCGCGUCCGCAAAAAGGGAGUGGCAAAAUAUAAAGAAUUGAUUUUGCCAUAAGUCCUCGAAAGUUUUAAACAGCGGUAAAGUUCCUGUGUGCGGAUCUAAUGGAGCAGCCGUCGUCGGUGAUCACGCAAGUAAGAAGAGAGGAGGAGGAGGAGGAGGAAAACGCUUGUCUUCGUGAGGAAGGUUCUGGUGACCUCUCCAGUUCAAUGAAGCCUUGCAGAAGAGGUUUUCUUCGCAGUCUUUUCAGUUGUCUGUGUCACAAAGGCGCCAAACCACCUCCAGGCAAAACCAACGCGCCGCUCUCGCUAGACGAAAAUGCGACUCUCUCAAAAGUGCCAGGUGAACCACUGCUCCCACAGAUGGAAUCACAUGAUGAAGGGAAGAUCUGCGUGGUCAUUGAUUUGGAUGAAACACUAGUGCAUAGUUCAUUUAAGCCAGUGAACAACGCAGAUUUUAUCAUUCCAGUGGAAAUUGAUGGAACAGUUCACCAGGUGUAUGUGUUAAAGAGACCCCAUGUUGAUGAAUUCCUCAAGAGGAUGGGAGAAUUGUUCGAGUGCGUUCUGUUCACGGCAAGCUUGUCAAAGUAUGCGGAUCCUGUAUCAGACCUGUUGGAUAAAUGGGGGGCCUUCCGAAGCCGUCUCUUCCGGGAGUCGUGCGUCUUCCACAAAGGAAACUACGUAAAAGACCUGAGCCGUUUAGGAAGAGACCUCAACAAGGUUAUCAUCUUAGACAACUCUCCAGCCUCCUACAUCUUCCACCCUGAAAAUGCAGUUCCUGUAGCAUCCUGGUUCAAUGACAUGUCGGACACUGAGCUCCUCGAUCUCAUCCCAUUCUUUGAGAGACUAAGCAAGGUGGAUGACAUCUAUGACAUUCUCAAACAUCAGAGUACUUCACAGAGUUAACAGAGGGGAGAUACUAGGAUGAAGAUGAUCACCAGCGGCUGUCGUCACGGGGCCACGGAGGCCGGUUUGGGGGGGCUGAAGGCUCCACAGUGCUUCCCAAUACAAGGACCACAUUGCAAAAAAAAAAAAGAAA